AUGAUUCAGCUACUGCUAAUUGAGUUGAUGCUUCUAGUGAUUGUAUCUACAGCAUAUUUGGUUUUUAAAAGGAUAGGGCCACGGCACCAUCACCCACUUCUUGAGCAUGUCACUUCAGUACAUGCGGAAUUCAAAUGGCAAGAGCAACUACCUUUAACCAUACGUCCUUUUGUUGGUAAACGAAAUUUCAAUCCAAAUAUCGGUGUUAGGAACAUAUCAAAGAAUCCUAAUGAAUGGUUAUUGAUUGAAAACACUUACCUCAAAGUAACAACCUUAAAGGCAAAAUCUCUCAAAGCUAAUCCUAGGCAGACAACCCACAUUUAUAAAGACUCCAGAUCAAUUAGAGCACUUCAAGAGUUCUACAAUAUAAUUUGCGAUUUUUACCUUCAAAGGUUUCCACAAUAUUUCCAAUUGGAUUCAAAAACUAGAGUAAUUGAAAAUAAAAUAAACGGACUCAAGUUUGAAAAAGAUGCUCAUAAGUUACGGCCACAACAAUUAUUGGUCAAUAUUGGAUCCAACAUGGAAGAAGAUUUCGUAUUGUUAUUGAAGGAUGAUCCAAAUGAUAAAGAACAAGAGUACAUUAUGCGAUCAUCGAUUGUGGGUUUCCCAGCCGGAUUUGACCCUAGUGUAUUGUUCAACAAACCGAUCUCCUACAUCCAUACAUUGGUCCCCCAAUACGAGUCAAGAUUACACAACCCGAUGCAUAAAUUUUUCAACAAUUUGAAACCAACCGAUUUGUGGGUAAGGCAUAACUGGUCAAUACAGACACAUGGAGACUACUUCACGUUGAACAACCAUGCUAGAAAGGGAGAAGAAGUGACGAAAUUGUUUGUUAAUGAUAUUGAUUUCGUCAAUGGAUGUUUCUUGAGAUGUGAACGCCAAGUGUUGACGAGAUUACCCCGAACGGGCGCAGUAGUGAUGACGGUACGGACAUAUUUAACUAGCUUGGAUAAACUCAAGAAUGAGGAACAAUUGGGCGAAGAGCUUAUUCAUGGCAUUGAUUCGUUGCCACAAGAUAUGGCGUUCUAUAAGAAAAAGAACUCGUGGGGUGAUGCAGUUAAGGAAUAUUUGUCAACAUAA